GGCCGCUGCUGCUGCUCCUGCUCCAGCUCGCGCAACCCCUGCCCGCCACCGCCGGCUACAACAGGAGGACCGAAACCAGGCUGGUGUCUGAACAUUUCUCACAGGCCCCACAGAAGCUGUCCUUCUACAGCUGGUAUGGCAGCGCCAGACUCUUCCACUUCCGUGUGCCCCCAGACACUGUGCUGUUGCACUGGCAGCUACACAUGUCCUUGGAUGGUGGCUCCUCAUGCACUGAUGUAGAGAUCACCGUGCAUUUCCACUAUGGCGCCCCUCCUGUCAUCAAUCCACUGGGCACCAGCUUCCCUGAUGAGACCGUGGUGCAGCCCUCCUUCCAUGUCAGGGCACUGCUGAGUACCAUACUGCUGGGCAACACGACUGUCAAUGUGUCCCACCCAGCCCCUGGGGACUGGUUUGUAGUCGCCCAUCUGCCCCCCUCUUCUCAGAAGAUCGAGGUAAAGGGCUUUGGUCCCUCCUGUGCUUAUAUCUUCCAGCCUGACAUGCUGGUUAUGCGAGUGGUUGAGGUCGCCAUUCUGGAGCCUGAUGUACCCCUUCCACAGAUCCUAGCCACCCAUCCCAGCUACCUCAAGAUCUUUGUUCCCGAGUACACCCAGGAGCUUCGGCUGGAGCUACAGGGCUGUGUAUCCAAUGUGACUCUGGGCUGCCCAGUACGUCUCACGGUGGGUGCGACUACCCUGCCAAACAGCUUCCAGAAGGUGCUGACUUGCACUGACCCCAUCCUGUCCUGCCGUCUGCUACUGCCCUCACCACCCUGGAGGAAAUGGCUGCAAGUGAUGGCUGAGAACCUGGGAGGGCCCCACGUGUCAGUGGCCUUUAGUGCUAAGGCUGCCCUCACAGCCUGCUGGCCACAGAGCAUGACCUUCCAGCGCCUUGUUCAAAACAGCACAAACCAGAGCUAUGAUGCCUCUGCAAGCCAGCUGUCCCCAAGCCCUGCCAACCAGGACCUGAGCCGGAGUGGUGGGAUGGGCAGUGGCCCAUUCUGCCUGCUGAGCUACUCAGUCUUGAGGGAGGAUGUGGAUGUUCUGUCUGUACACUUCCAGCCCUUGGAUGGGGUCUUGGUGUACUCAGACAAACCCUCUGUGCUGCGGCUCCGCCUCAAUACAGGCAUGGACAGUGGGGGCUCCCUCACUAUCUCCCUGAGGUCCAACAAGACUGAGAUCACAAAUGACACCUUGGUACUGGCCUGCGUGAAUGCUGCUUCACCCUUUCUGAACUUCAAUACUUCACUUAACUGUACUACAGCUUUUUUUCAGGGCUACCCCUUGUCUCUGAGUGCCUCAUCUAACACAACCAACCUCACCAUCCCUUACCCAGAGACGGACAACUGGUACCUCUCCCUGCAGCUCAUGUGCCCUGAGAGUUCUGAGGACUGUAAUCAGGCCGUGGUUCGUGUGCAGACCACUAUACACCUGGUCCCUUGUUUGAAUGAUUGUGGACCCUAUGGCCAGUGCCUCCUGCUCCGAAGAUAUGGGUACCUGUAUGCGGGCUGCAACUGCAAAGCAGGCUGGCGUGGGUGGAGCUGCACCGACAACAGUACAGCCCAGACAGUGGCCCAGCAGAGGGUGGCUACCCUUCUGCUCACCCUCAGCAACCUCAUGUUCCUGGCUCCCAUUGCUGUAUCUGUGCACCGUGCCUUCCUGAUGGAGGCCUCCGUCUACCUCUACACCAUGUUCUUCUCCACGUUCUACCAUGCCUGUGACCAGCCAGGAGAAGCUGUACUGUGCAUCCUCAGCUAUGAUACACUCCAAUACUGUGACUUUCUGGGUUCUGGGGUGUCUGCCUGGGUUACCAUCCUCUCCAUGGCCCGACUGAAGACAGUUCUGAAACAUGUCCUGUUUCUCCUGGGCACGCUGGUCAUCGCCAUGUCCUUGCAGCUGAAUCGCAGGGGCAUCUGGAACCUGUUGGGGCCCUGCCUCUUUGCCUUCGUGAUCAUGGCUUCCAUGUGGGUGUACCGCUGUGGGCACCGGCGCCAAUGUUAUCCCACCUCGUGGCAGCGUUGGGUCUUCUAUCUCCUGCCUGGCAUCGCUAUGGCUUCUAUGGGCAUCACCAUCUAUACAUCUCUGACGACCAGCGACAACUAUUACUAUGCACACAGUAUCUGGCACGUACUCCUGGCUGGGAGCGCAGCCUUACUGCUACCACCACAGGAUGAGCAGGCUGAGCCCUGGUCUUGCUCACAGAAGUUGCCCUGCCACUAUCAAAUCUGCAAGAACGACCGGGAUGAGCUAUACACUGUGACGUGAUUUGGCCAGCUCCAGGACAUCUGCUACUGAUAACUUCUUCAGCCAGGAGUAGGACCAAGGAAGAGCAGCCCCGUCCAGCCCUGCCUAGAUUGGUUUCCAACUGAAUAAAAUUGCCCUGAGACUCUUUG